AUUUUGUAAGUGAGGACAAUUUCUUUCCUGAGUUGACUCGGAGUUGAGUUUGUGGAGAACUCGGUUAGAGGAAGUUUGUGAGCACUUUCUUGAGUGAAGUCCAAUGGAGAGAGGAGGUUAUAGAGGUCGAGGUGGUGGCGGAAGAGGAGGAGGAGGCGGUGGCAGAAGAGGAGGAGGAGGCGGAGGGCGAGGUCGCGGAGGUGGAGGAAGCGGAAGAGACGGCGGAUACGGAGGAGGAAGAAGCGGUGGAUAUGGGGCGGGAGGAAGAGGCGGCGGAGGCGGAAAUGUUUGUGGUCGCGGCGGCCGGGAUUAUGUCAGGAGCUACGAUCGUGAUCAUCAGUGGUUCUCGAGUGAACAGACACCGUGGGGGAGCACGAGCACGAGCACAAGCACGAGCACCGAGCACGGCGGGAGCCACCGCCACUACAACGUUCAUCAACUGCCGCAAGACCAGGGUCGUAGUUCGAACGAGCUGACUCAGCGGAGUGGGCCGCCACAGCCGUCGAAUCCGUGGCAUCAAUCUCGGCCUGGACCUUCCGUGUCACCGGCUACUGUACAGCCUGUUAUGAAAGAAAUGCAAAAAAUGAAGAUUUCGGGAUCGGGGUCUACAUUGUCAUUGAAUGUCCCAAUCAAACGCCCUGAUGAAGGUGGUACACUUGCCAUUCAGACUGUGAGGCUAUUUGUCAAUCAUUUCCCAGUCAAGUUUAAUCCUCAGAGUAUCAUAAGGCAUUAUGACAUUGAUGUCAAAUCAGAGGAGCCCACCAAGCAUGGUCGCCCUGUGAAAAUACCAAAGUCUCAUUUGGCUAUGAUCAGGAACAAGUUGUUUGAAGAUGAUCCUGCUCAAUUCCCUUUGGCAUUCACUGCCUAUGAUGGUGAGAAGAAUAUUUUCAGUGCAGUGCCAUUGCCAACUGGAAAAUUUACUGUGAGAUUCUCUGAAGCGGAAGAUAUGAAGAUUUUUUCCUAUGUAAUCAGUAUAAAACUUGUAAAUGAGCUAAAGCUUUGCAAGUUGAAGGAGUACUUGGCAGGAACACUCUUGUCGAACCCCCGUGAUAUUUUGCAAGGGUUGGAUGUAGUCAUGAAGGAGAAUUCAACUCGGAAUAUGAUUUCUGUUGGCCGAAGUUUUCACCCUUUCGAACCUUCUGCAGGAGAUGACCUUGGAGGUGGAAUCACAGCAUCUCGAGGAUUUCAACAAGGCCUGAAGGCCACCUCCCAAGGUCUGGCAUUGUGUUUGGACUAUUCUGUUCUAGCAUUUCGAAAGCGAUUGUCAGUUGUAGAUUUCUUAAGGGAACAUGUUGAGGGUUUUGAUCCAAACAGAUAUAGAGACUGGAACAAAAUUGAGAAAAUUCUGAGAGGAGUCAAAGUUACAGUGACUCACCGAAGGACAAAGCAAAAGAACAUCAUUUUUGGAUUAACUAGGGACAAUACUCGACAACUAUACUUUGAUAUUGAAGAUCCAGAGGGGAGCAGGCGAGUUAGCCUUGUUGAUUAUUUUAGGGAAAAAUAUGGCAAGGACAUUAUGUACCUAGAUAUUCCUUGCUUAGAUUUGAGAAAAAAUAAUCGAAGAAACGAUGUACCAAUGGAGUUCUGUGUAAUAGUUGAAGGGCAGAUAUAUCCUAAAGAAAAUUUGGAUAGCGAUGCUGCUAAAUUAUUGAAGGAUAUUUCUCUGGUUCGACCAUGGGAGAGGUCGGGCAUGAUAUCGAGAAUGAUAAGGUCAAGGGAUGGGCCUUGUGGUGGAGAGAUCGCACGGAAUUUUGGACUUGAAGUAAAUCCGAACAUGACAAGUGUUGAUGGACGUGUAAUUGGACCACCUGAGUUGAAGGUAGGUGCCGUGGGGGGCAAAGUGAUUAGUAUACAAGUUGAAAAGGAGAAAUGCCAAUGGAACCUGGUUGGCAAAGCUGUUGUAGAAGGUAGAAGAGUAGAGAGGUGGGCUGUAAUCGACUUUAGUGCUUAUGAUCGAAAAAAUAAACUGAAUGAUCGUGCAUUUAUUGGUGACAUUAUUGCUCGGUGUGAGAAUUUAGGGAUUUUCAUGAAUGAACCUGCUUAUUAUCAACCCACUUCAAUGAAUAAAUUCUCCAAUGUUGAUGUGCUCCGACAACUUCUUGAAGGUGUUACUUCCCAGGCUUCUAAGAUUUGCAAGGGCCAUUUACAGAUUCUUAUCUGUGUGAUGGCUGAUAAGGAUCCUGGGUACAAAUAUCUCAAGUGGAUCUCAGAGACUAGACUAGGUGUGGUGACACAGUGUUGCUUGUCUAGAAAUGCUAAAAGGACAAAUAAAGGGUAUGACCAGUAUCUUGCCAAUCUUGCUCUCAAGAUCAAUGCCAAGCUUGGAGGCAGCAAUGUAGAGCUCAUGGACCGGCUCCCUUACUUUGAGCGUGAUGAUCAUGUAAUGUUCGUGGGAGCUGAUGUUAAUCAUCCUGCUGCCAAGAACACAACUAGUCCAUCAAUAGCAGCUGUUGUGGCCACUGUAAAUUGGCCUGCAGCUAAUCAAUAUGUGGCAAGGGUUCGGCCCCAACUCCAUAGGAAAGAGGAGAUUCUAAAUUUUGGGGAGAUGUGCUUGGAACUGGUUCAAUCUUACACUCGUGUAAACAAAGUCAAGCCACAGAAGAUUGUGGUCUUUCGUGAUGGGGUAAGUGAUGGCCAGUUCGAUAUGGUUCUCAAUGUAGAGUUGACACAGCUCAAGGAUGCAUUCAAAGAAAUAAAUUACUUCCCGACCAUCACGGUGAUUGUAGCUCAAAAGCGACACCAGACUCGACUAUUUCCAGCAAGUAAGAGGGAUGGAUGUACCACUGGCAAUGUACCACCGGGAACAGUUGUGGACACGAAAAUUGUGCACUCAUUUGAGUUUGAUUUCUAUCUGUGCAGCCAUUAUGGAAGCCUCGGCACAAGCAAGCCCACUCAUUACUAUGUUCUAUGGGAUGAGCAUAAGUUUACUUCUGAUCAAUUGCAGAAGCUCAUCUAUAACUUAUGCUUUACCUUUGCUCGAUGUACCAAGCCCGUGUCAUUGGUCCCACCAGUGUAUUAUGCUGAUCUGGUUGCCUAUAGAGGACGAUUGUACCAUGAGGCAAUAGUGGAGGGGCAAUCUCCAGCUGCGAUCAAUGAGAGCUUCUACAGGUUACACACUGACCUGGAAAACGUUAUGUAUUUUGUUUGAAUGGUUGAAACAUGGCCCAUCUCUUUUAUCUUCUGACAUUGGGACAGAGAUGGUAAGUAUACUACCAUUUCGAUAAAAUGCUAGAAAGCAGGUUUACUUCUAAUGACGUAGUAAAUGAGUUUGUGCGUAAAUCUAAAAGAUUUCAGCUCAAGUCUUUUGUUUUGGUAUGUCUAGUCUAGUUUUCCCCUGAUCGAUUGAGUUUGUGUUCCCCAUUUCGUGAUGCUUCCAAUUUGUGCAGCAGUGUCUUCAUGUUUAUCAUGUAUAAUUAGGUGAGUUUGAAUUGGAAAUAAAUAUUAUACUUUAUCAAUUAUAUAUUCGGAGCCGAUAUGAUAUUUCUGUUUA